UUGUGGGGGGUUGUUUUCAUCGCCGCCGUUCCUAUUAAGUUAUAUUCACCCCGCAUGUCGGACAGUCGACAAUGCCAUCGCAAACAUUUCACCUGCACAACGUUAAAGUUGAGGACGACGGCUCAGACGUCACAGUUCCGUUCGCUAACUCACUUCGGCUAGUCUAAUCGGCGUCAGCUGAGCGUCGUUUUUUAAAAAUACUCCGCGAACCGACCUUACGAUUAGACAGUGUUUGUUUUGUUGUCGCAGGACGAAAGAGUAAACAAGGAACAGUGGGAGGACAAGUCGUUUGGUAUAGACGAGAAAUGCUGCCUGCCAAAUUUUCGACUGCCUGAAACUAUUUGUGAUAAAAAUCAUUUCGUUAUCGCGGUAUUAAUUUUUAUGUUAUUGAUGACAGAAUACGUGGAAACCCUCGUAACCAAUCUCUCAAAGCUGAAUACUCAACUGAGCAGAGAUCCAAAAUUAAAUCUGCGCGGUUGGUCUAAACGUUGGAUGCAACGUCCGAUUUAAAUUCGUCAGUAUUCACUUAAAUUAUCUGUGAUAAUAUGGAUACAAAUCAAGCCCCAAUAGUAAGCUUAUCCCACAUAGUACCUUCGUUAGAUUCUAGUCCCAGCAGAAAACUAUACGAAGACGCCGCAACUCUUCCUAUCGCCUCGGAAGAGAAGUCCGAGGUGAAAUUUGACAUGAGCUCAUCAUCAUCAUCAAUUUCAGAAGACGAAGAAGAUAAUCCUAGGAUACCAGAUGGGGGAUGGGGUUGGAUGGUGGUAUUUGCCUCGUUGAUUAUGUCCAUGAUUGCAGACGGCAUCAGUUUGUCCUUUGGUCUUUUGUAUGUUGAAUUCUUGUACGAGUUUAAAGCAUCGAAAUCCACAACUUCGUGGAUCGGAAGCCUUUUUAUGGCUGUGCCUUUGAUCACUGGUCCGAUUAUGAGUGCCUUCGUUGACAAAUAUGGUUGCAGACCAAUGACGAUUAUCGGUGGCCUUAUUUCUGCAGUUGGGUUCAUCAUUAGUUCUAAAGUUAAUUCUAUUGGUGUAAUGUAUGUCACUUUUGGAGUCAUAUCAGGAUUAGGUUUAGGCUUGUGUUAUGUGACUGCUGUUGUUUGUAUUGCUUUUUGGUUCGACAAGAAACGCACCUUGGCAGUUGGUCUAGGUGCAGCUGGAACUGGAAUUGGUACUUUCGUGUAUUCACCUCUUACGACUUAUCUCAUCAAAGAAUUUGGAUGGAGAGGCACAACUCUUCUGUUAUCUGGUUCUUUUUUAAACAUCAUCGUUUGUGGAGCUCUAAUGCGAGAUCCUGAUUGGAUAAUUAAUCAAAACAAAGAGAAUGAGAAGAGCGAGAAAUCAGGAAAGUCAAGUAAAACUAGCUUGGCCUCCAUCUCGUCCAAUUUUGCCAACGUGGUUGAUUUGAACGAGAUUAAACACAUACUGAAAAAUGGAAAAGAUACAGAAUAUUUGCUACAGACGUUAGAAACCAGAUUACAAGAGUCCAAUCCUGUUACUCCUAGGAAAUGUCAUCAAUCAGUAGUAAAUCUUCCUACGUUUAUAAAAGAAAACGAAAAAGUCCCUGUUGAAGUAUUAGAACAAUUGAGCUCCAACAAAAAGUUGUACAAUAUUAUUUUGGAAAAUUAUCCCAGUCUUCUUUUGUGUAGAAGUACGUCCGAUAAAGGAUUGGAUAAACUUGCUGAAGAUAUGUCUGUUGUUUUAGACCGAGUUCCAGUCACUUUUUCUAUGAAACUCAAAAAAGCCGACAAAACUAAACAUCCAGUACAUCAAAAUUCUCUGCCGGAGGAAGCAUUAAAUCUAGAAGUGCCUUUGAUAAACAAACCGAAGAACCCGCCGCCUCCAAAACGUAACAAUUCGUUUCCUUGGUUCAGUAACAAACAAACAAAUCCAACGUAUUUCAAGAACAUCAAAUUCCACAGGCAAAGUUUGGUGCAUAGAGGAGCCAUAUUCAACACAAACAAGUACAAACUUAGAGCAUCAAGUUGUCCCAAUAUCUACAAAGUCUCCAUGGCAACUAUUCCAAAGAACAGAGAAGAGAAAUGGUACUCAGAAAUUGAAGACUUGGUAAAAGGAAUGAUGGACUUUUCGUUAUUUUUAGAAUUUCACUUUUUCCUUAUGUCUUUGUCAACUAUCAUUUUAUUCGUUUGGUUUAUCGUGCCAUACUUCUAUUUGGCAGAUUUAAUGCUUAUGUUCGAGUACACGGAGGAAGAAGCCUCUUUCACUAUGUCUAUUAUAGGAAUAACGAACACCAUCGGAAUGGUUGUCUUGGGUUGGGCUGGAGACCAAGAAUGGAUGAACAUUACCAAAACCUAUGCCGUGUCUUUAUUCUUUUGCGGACUAUCUUGUGCAGGCAUGAUAUUUUUCGUUGAAAACUUCAUACUUCUGGAAAUUGCGGCCGCAUUGUUCGGACUGUCCUUAUCCAGUUCCUUUUCGUUUACACCAGGAAUUCUAGUCGAGCUGGUACCUUUGGAACGAUUCACAAUUGCUUACGGAUUGCAACUGUUGUGUAUGGGAAUCGGAAAUCUUUUAGGACCCCCCUAUGCAGGUCAUUUGUUUGACAUCACUGGCUCAUGGGAUUUAUCCUUUUAUCAAGCUGCCAUUUGGAUUAUAGUUGCAGGAGUUUUGAUCGGUAUUAUACCUUAUACCACCAAUAGAAAAAUAAUAGGAAAAGGACCUGUUGAAAAGGAUCUUGCUAAUUAAUUGAACCUUAAUUAUAACCUUAUUUAUUAUGUAUUUUAUUAUCUUAAGCUCGUUAAUAAAUUAAAUUCGACUGUUGUAAUGUUUU